GACAUCUGUCAAUUGUCAGACUACCACUCACUGCACUUCGCCGUGUUUUCAAUUUUAAUACGAGUUUUAUAAUGAAUUUAUUUAAAUAAUUUAUAUUUGAACUUUGUACAGUAAUUCAAUAUGUCCAUUAGUUUAUUAAGAACUAUACGUAGUACGGUAGUGAUUUGUAGUUUUCCUAAAAUCAUGGCAUCGCGACAGUCUAGUGAUAUGCCAAAGUUCAGGGAAGCUUUAAGAUCGGCUAAAGAGAUUGUUGUCUUAUCGGGAGCCGGUAUUAGUGCAGAAUCUGGAAUACCAACAUUUCGCGGCGCUGGUGGACUGUGGAGAACAUACGAAGCGGCGUCUCUUGCUACUCCUGGAGCAUUUCGGAGUAAUCCCAGCUUAGUUUGGGAAUUCUAUCAUUAUAGGAGAGAAGUAGCAGCUAAGGCACAACCAAAUGCUGGUCAUUUAGCCAUUGCUGAAUAUGAAGCCAGGCAUGGGGCAGAUAAAAAAAUAACAGUGAUCACACAAAAUGUUGAUGGGUUACAUGCUAGAGCUGGAACUAAUGACUUAAUUGAACUCCAUGGAAAUCUGUUCAAGACAAGGUGUACUAAAUGUAAAGAGGUCUUGGCCAACAAUGAUAGUCCAAUUUGUGAAGCUUUAGCAGGCAGAGGAGCUCCAGAUUUAAAUGUAAGAGGUUCAGAUAUCCCAAUCAGCUCUCUACCACACUGCCAGAAAGCUGAAUGUGGUGGUCUACUGAGACCACACAUAGUAUGGUUUGGAGAAAAUUUAAAUCCUGCUGUGUUGGAGAAAGCCAAAACAGCAAUGUCAACUUGUGAUGUAUGUUUAGUAGUGGGUACAUCGUCAGUAGUGUAUCCAGCGGCCAUGUUUGCACCAGAAGCAGCUGCUCGAGGAGCUAUUGUAGCCGAGUUUAACUUGGAACCCACUCCUGCAACCUCGGAAUUCCACUUCUACUUCCAAGGACCUUGCGGCACUACGCUGCCACAAGCUUUGGCAGAAUAAAAAAAACUGUACAUACUUAUUACCCUUAGUCAUCAGCAUGUCAACCUACUCGAAACUGUUUCAUUGGAUUUUUGACUUUAUAUCAAAACCAUAAAGUUGAAAGUCUAAUGAAAAUGUUUGCCAGUAAGGGCAGAUUGAGCUGCUGGCCACUGUACCUAACCUAAGUAUAUGUUGCUAAGCAAUAGGAAUAACUUUGUAUAGUACAAAGAGCAUAGCUCAAUCGAAAUAAAUCGAGUCUUAACUAAGUUUGACUAUCUAUAAUUUGUUAAUGUCAUAAAAGACGAAAUGAAGUGUGGGGAUUUUUUAUUAUCACCACAAAGUCAUGUGGUCAACGUAAACAAAUCAAUAAUUCGAAAGAUAGUGCCUUCAUACAAUCUUGGCUUAAGCUGCAGUCUGAUAAAUCACCUGAUAAACUGCACCUAUAAUAAUUUUGUAUUACUUGUAGUCUUGUAGAUAUGUACAUAAUUGUAUAGUAUGUUUGUGGAUUUAAGAUAAAAGUAUAUAAUAAAGUAUAAACUAGUGUGCGUUACCCAGGCCAGAUGUUGAAUCCGCUGAACCAUUUCAAAGAUC